ACGAGCUUCAUGACGCGGGCUGUCUGUAUAAAGCAUUGGGAACAAGCCUGAUCCAGAGAACAGACAGACAGAGAGAGACAGACAGACAGAGCGCGAUGCAUGUAUCCUUUCCCUUGGUGCUCCGGUUGAAGUGGUAAUGCCGGCUGCGAUGUUCAGCAUCGAGAGUAUUUUAGCAGGAGUGCCCUCUCGGUGUAAGGGCUCGGCGCCUCUGCCCACCGCUCCGCUGCCCACCUACCCGGGAGUCGGCGCUGACUCGCUGUGCGCCACCGCUGACUAUCUUAGUCUCUACCCUCCAGCCGUGGCUCCUCCGCCUCCCCCUCCUCCUCCUGCACCUCCUCAACACCCCAACCUGGCGGUCGGUGCCUCAAGGAUGGGUUACAAUUAUUACUACGUUCCCGGGUCGCCCAGGGUGUCCUGCUGUAGUACCGUACCAACAUGCCAGCCUCUGACCAGUCAGCACUGCUCCUGCAUUCCCCCAGGAUUAGAAGGGGCUGCUUCUGCCUAUCUGUCCCCAGUUGCCCCUCAGGUGCUGCCCUAUGUGAGUCUGGGGGCUCUAUCCCGCACUGAACUGCAGCUUCUGAACCAGCUCCACUGCCGGAGGAAGCGUCGCCACCGAACCAUCUUCACGGACGAACAGCUGGAAGCCUUGGAGAAUCUCUUCCAGGAGACCAAGUACCCAGACGUAGGCACCAGGGAACAGCUGGCCAGGAGAGUCCAUCUCCGGGAGGAGAAAGUGGAGGUCUGGUUUAAAAACCGCCGAGCUAAAUGGAGGCGGCAGAAGAGAUCAUCAUCGGAGGAGUCGGACUCCCAGAAAUGGAAUAAAAUUUCGAAAAACGCCCCGGUGGGGAAGGCUUCUGGAGAAUCAACUUCAGCAGCCCAGGAAAGUGGGGUAGACUCAGACAGCUGAUAACUGGCACUGAUUGAUCAGGAGCAUUCACCCAUCCUCAGCUCGAGACUGUGGCUGGUAUCUUGCACUUUGUCCAUCUGGAGGACUGAGGCUGCUGUAAAUACUGUAUAAAUACAUAUUAUAUAUAUGUGCGUUUUUGUAUGUGUGCUUGUUUUGUUAAUAAAAAAAAG